AUGCAUUCACAUCUACUAUCCCUGGCACUCAUCUCAUCUUUCAUUGUGAUAGCCAAUCAAUGUGCAGCAACUGACAGUUCUACUUCCCCUACGACCACGACUGUUGCCACAACAACAGCUGUAACGACAACCCCCCCAACAACCGUUGUUACCACAGAUUGUACGACUUGUACAGCUGACCUAAUAGGAAUUGUUACUGGAAACGAUGGAGAUAAUACACCCACAUCGACGAUAGGUGUUGAUGCUAAUAAUUGUGCUACAAUCACUUACGUCUGUGAAAGAAAUCCUGUGGUUGCCACAGAUGUCGUUCUUAUUACUUACUACAGUGACAGUCAAAAUCCAACGGAUGUUGGUACUGCAGAUGGGCUCGGAACCGCUAACGUUCAGUUGACAUGCGUUGACGGACAUUGGGAAAAUGGAGGAAUUGAGAUCAACGAUAUUGAGUGUCAAAUCAUCGAAUAG